GUCAUCGUCGUCGUCGUCAACGACAACGAUCAAUUCACCGGCAGCCGCAGCAGCAACAGUGCAACCCACUUCACCAGUGGCACCUCCACCAGUGCCACCACUGGUACCAGCAUUGCCACUGACAACAGCAUCAACAACAACAACAGCAGCAGCAGCAACAGCAGCAGCAGAGAUGAGGAGGAGAGAACUUGCCGAGGCAUAUAAAACAACGACGUCAGCUACAGCAUCACCAGCAACAGCAAGAGCAGUGACGGUGUCAGGGUCUUCCACACCUCCGCCACCACCUCCACCCCCCCCACUAACGCUACCACCACCUCCAUCAAUGACUCCGCCUCCACCACCGCCACCACCACCACCACUGACAACUUCUGCACUUCACUACCACAAUAGUCACGACCACCUUGGGGAAGAGCAGAGCUGUGAUCGGCGACGGAGGCGGGCUUCGGCUGGUGAUGAUACCACCAACACUAACACCACAACCGCCACGCUGUCAAGUAGCGACAGCUACCCUGGCAGCAGUGGUUCAAUCUCCAGUGACUGCCUUGGAGAUAGUUGGGUCUUGCAAGCUGUUGAACGGAUCAAGAAAGAUGCAAAGAUCAAUGUUCGUGAGAGCGUCCUUGCUCUGCAAAGUGUUGUCCAAUAUUUCAAGGAGACGGUGCCCGAUAUUGAGGACCUCUGCUCUCAGGCUUUGGCAGUCAUUACAAAGUUACAUGGCCCAGAUGCAAAUAUUCUCGCAAAGGAUUUACUUACGGCUCUUGGACACGUGGAAGAGGUUACCGUAUUGUGUCGACAAGAAGACCACCAUUUCACAGAAGAAGCAAAUAGGAAAUUGUCUAAAUACCUUCAGACUGUUAUCACAGAACUGUUGGCAUUGGACACCAAAGUCUCCCUGUCUGCUCUGUCAUCUAACAACUAUGAAGCUGUAGAAAUGUUGGUCUACUUGUCUGAAUGCCAGGAAGUGUCUGCUCCUGUCAAAGAAAGUGUGAAGGAUGUCAUGAAACUGAUGUGUAACUGUGACCGUCACAUAAGUCACAUGUUAAUAAACUCAUCUGUACCUCUGUCCCUUGUCAGUGAACUGAAAUGCUCAGAGACAGUCACUGUGGAAUUCUGUAACUCUGCAACAUUACUAGCUGCCAUUCUGGCUGGAGAAGAGGCUCUCCCAGUAGAAAUUCAUGGCUACUUAGAUAUCCCUUUAAUAGCGAAGGUUUUAAACUUCAUUGAGACUCCAAGUGGAAUGAUGUUUGCUGAAGCUGUUUCAGUGGAUUUAAUGACACUAAUACUGGCCUACAACCAACACCACAAUGAAAGUUCACCUCCCAAUGUUGUUAUGCAAGCUAUGACUCAUGCUGAUACCAAAUACCCAGAGCUUUUACUUGAGAAAUUGAUACUUUUCUUUAAUCGUGGAGUUGAUCCAUUAAUGGAACAAGGUUUAGUGAGAACAAAGAGUAACUCAGUGGUAAAAUUUCUACGAGACAUGUUCAGCUGUGAAGCAACAGGCAGAUUGUACUACACCAAUGACAUUAAAGUCAUGUUAGACAUUGUACUUCGAAACAUCACUGAUAAACCUCCAGGAGAUAAAGAACGAACAGAGAAUUUGCUUCUAUUGCAGCAGGUAAUAAGUCACUCAUUUUACACAGAAGAACAGUACCGAAUCAUAGAUUUCAAAGAUGCCUUCCACAAUAUCUGCAGUGAAGAGGAAUGCAUCAAGAGUCAACAUGAGAAAGAUAUAAUCAACUCCAUACGAAGUGAACAUACUGACUGGUUCAAUCCUUGAGCUACUUACCUAUUCUAUUACUAAUUGUUAACAGAAACUCUCUUUCUCUCCCACCCUCUCUCUCUCUCUCUCUCUCUCUCUCUCUCUCUCACUGGCUAUCUAUCUAAUUUUCUGUCUCUCAUAUAUCUACAUAUAUAACUAUCUGUACCCAUCUUUUUCUCUCCUCCCUCUCUCUCAUGUAUGUAUACAUUACAUACAUAUAUAUAUAUAUAUAAAUAUAUAUAUUUCUGUCUGUUAAUCUAUUUGCCUAUCCUAACUAUCAAUCUCUUCCUCUCUUUCUCUAUCCUCACCUCUCUCUAUAUAUAUGUAUAUAUAUUUAUAUAUAUAUAUAUAUAUAUAUAU